AUGAAGUUUCCCACCAUCUACAAUGUCCAGCUGGUGGCCCUCAUCGCCACCCUCGGCGGUAUGCUAUUUGGCUUUGACAUCUCCUCCAUGUCCGCCAUCGUCGUCACGGAUCAGUAUAUCGAAUUCUUUGACAAUCCAAGUGGUGCGAUCCAGGGCGCAAUAGGUUCAGCUCUCGCAGCGGGCUCAGUCGUGGGCUCGGCCGUGGCAGGGCCCCUUUCCGACAAGAUUGGCCGCCGCGACUCCAUCAUGUUUGCCUGCAUCUUCUGGCUGAUCGGGACGGCGGUCCAGGUCUCGUGCCAAAACACGGGCCAGCUCAUCGCGGGACGCGUGCUCAACGGCUUUACCGUCGGCAUCACGUCGUCCCAGGUGCCAGUCUACCUCGCCGAGAUUGCCAAGGCCGAGAAGCGCGGCUCGCUCGUCAUUAUCCAGCAGCUCGCCAUCGAGUUUGGCAUCCUGAUCAUGUACUUCAUCGGCUACGGCUGCGCAUCCAUCGAAGGGACGGCCUCCUUCCGGACCGCAUGGGGCACCCAGUUCAUCCCCUGCUUUUUCCUCAUUAUUGGUCUGCCUUUCCUCCCGCGGUCGCCCAGAUGGCUGGCCAAGGUCGGCCGUGAUCAGGAAGCCAUCCAGACACUGGCAGAUAUUCAAGCCGGUGGCAACAUCGAUGACCCGCUAGUCGUCGCCGAAUGGGAGGAGAUUGUAACCGUGAUGCGCGCCGAGAGGGAGGCAGGCAAAGGCUGGCGAAAAUUCUUCCUCAACGGCAUGUGGAAGCGGACCUUGGCCGGCAUGUCGGUCCAAGCAUGGCAGCAACUUGCCGGAGCGAACGUUAUCGUGUACUACCUGACAUACAUCGCGCAAAUGGCCGGCCUCACUGGCGAUGUUGCCAUGGUGACAUCAGGAAUCCAAUAUGCCGUCUUCAUCAUCUUCACAGGAGUCAUGUGGCUCUUUAUUGACAAGACCGGCCGCCGAACUCUCCUCGUCUGGGGUGCCCUCGGCAUGGGCUUCUGCCACUUUGUCGUGGGUGGUGUUAUGGGAGCCCACCACAUCGACGUCCCCGGCGGAGUUGGCGAUCCCCCGAACCACAACGUCGUCAUCGCUGUCCACUCCGGCGCGCCGGCCAACACCGUCAUCACCUUCUCAUACCUUUUGAUUGUCGUAUACGCCUUGACGCUGGCCCCCGUUUGCUGGAUCUACGCGGCCGAGGUUUGGUCCUUGGGCACUCGGGCGACGGGCAUGUCGCUGGCAGCACUGUCGAACUGGGUCUUCAACUUUGCGCUGGGCAUGUUCACGCCUCCUGCGUUUGUGAACAUUACAUGGAAACUCUUCAUCAUCUUUGGCGUUCUCUGCGUUGCGGCAGCGGCCUGGUUCUGGGUCCUGUGCCCAGAGACGUGCGGCAAGACGCUCGAGGAGAUCGAGGUCAUGUUCUCCAACGAUGGGCCGUACCCGUGGAAGACCAAGAAGGGCGGCUCGCGCCUGGAGGCCGAGAUUGAGGCUGUCAAGGCGCGGAAGACCCAGGGCGAGCCUGAAGUGCUGCCGGUUGAGAAGGUCUAG